AGCGUCUGGUCAUGGCCCUCACAAUCAAAGUCCCCAAAACCUAGCUUUCUUUUAUCAAAAUCUUUCUCUUAUUCCAAAAAAAGGUUUAAAGAAAGUUCCAAAAGCCUCAGCAAAACCCACUACCCCAUCAUUUCCUUCCAGCUCAUUGUUUUGAACCACAGGACCGCCUCUCUCUCUCUCUCUCUCUCUCUCUCUCUCAAAAGAAAUGAACUACCACCACUGCAAGUUUCAAAUAUUCUGCUCUCUUUCUGCUUUGCUGCUGCUUGGGAAAAGUAUCUAUUAAUGGCUAAGCGUGUCUAUCAAGUUUGGAAGGGACGCAAUAUAUUUCUCUUUAAUGGGAAGCUUAUUUUUGGCCCAGAUGCUAAGUCACUGGUUGUUACCAUAUUGCUCAUUGUGGUUCCUAUUGUUGUCUUCUGUACAAAUGUCGCAAGGAACCUCAUCAAUGAAUUUCCGACAUAUAAUACAGGCUGUGUAAUUCUGGCAGUAGCAAUUCUGUUCACAAUCUAUGUACUAGUGCUUCUUCUUCUUACUUCAGCGCGAGACCCGGGAAUUGUUCCUCGCAGUUCACAUCCUCCAGAGGAGGAUAUUUAUGACUCUUCAGUUUCAGUUGAAGUUGGUGGGAGACAAACACCAACUCCACAGCUGCCCCGAACAAAAGAAGUCCUGGUCAAUGGUGUGCAUGUGAAGGUUAAGUAUUGUGAGACAUGCAUGUUAUACCGUCCACCUCGUUGCUCACAUUGCUCUGUAUGUGAUAAUUGUGUAGAGCGAUUUGAUCACCAUUGCCCUUGGGUGGGCCAAUGCAUUGGACUGCGCAACUACCGAUACUUCUUUCUGUUCGUUUCCUCAUCAGCUCUUCUAUGCAUCUUUGUCUUUGCAAUGUCAGCUGUGAACAUAAAACUUCUUAUGGACGAUCAUGGAACUAUCUGGAAGGCAAUGAAAGAGUCUCCUGCAUCUGUGAUUCUCAUGGGCUAUUGUUUCUUUUUCCUAUGGUUUGUUGGUGGUCUCACAUGCUUCCAUAUAUAUCUUAUAGGGAGAAACCAGACCACGUAUGAGAACUUCCGCUAUGGAGCACGUAAUGGGCGCAACGUCUAUAACCAGGGGUGCCUAAAUAAUUUUCUUGAGGUAUUCUGCACCAAAAUGAAGCCUUCAAGAAACAAUUUCCGUGCAUAUGUACGAGAACAGGCAAUGAUGCCAUCCAUGUGUCUGCCCCGAGAAGUGAACGUGGAUGAUUCAGAUGGGUACCGUCGAACAAAAGUAGAGGAUAAUCUAGAGAUUGAUAAUGAUCUUUCAAAGAUAUCUGAGCGCCGUAAUGUUGAAGAGGCUGACAACAUUUGAAGCUGACAGGCUGAAAUAAGCUGAAUUCUCUGUGUUUGUAUACUCAAACAGAGCCAUCAAGGAAAAGGGAUAAUGAUCAUGACUUAUUAUAGUAGAGGAAAUCAGAGAAUGGAAACUUCUAUGACAUGCUGGGAGCUAGUAUGAAUACCAACUACCAAGGAUCAGCAACAUGGAUAUCCUGAGUUCUUUGCUCAUCAGUGGGGGGUUUAUUAUAGCAAAAGUUAUACAAGCAACAAAAGAAAAACUCCAACACUGUUGUUUAUAUUAGUUGAUUUUUUUCACUUAAAUUAAAUUUCAAUUCACAGGAUGCUGGUGUUGAUUUCUUUGACAAUGCAUGUGUACCCUGUAGGGUAUUUGAAAUCCCUUUUAGAUAUAGGUGAGGGAUUAAUCUUCUGGGGUUUAUGAUGUUUCUUAUGUCUUGUGUUAUUGAACCUGAUUCUUUUCAAGAGUGCCUUGCAUUUUUUUCC